AUGUUUGGCGGUGGUGAGGAGUACUUCCAGGACCCCCCAGAGAUCGAUCGGGACACGCUCGGUCGCUACGCCACCUUCUGCGCUCGCCUACGCGCCGUUGAGAAGCCUGGCAAAAGGACCAUCACCGAAGCCGCCACUCUGGCACGCGAAGUCGGCGACACCCUCCUUGACUAUGAGCUCGUCGUCGGAACACUCUUCCGUCACAUCAAGACGUGGACAGGGCAGAAACAACUCACCUGCUGGUAUAUACUUGACAAACUGUGUAAAGAGGACCGCGACAAGUACGGCUACACCGCCGGCAAGUACAUUCUAGAGGUCGGACGAGACCACAUCCCUUACGAGGAUGCCGAUCUCGCCGGCAAGUACGAGAGCCUCGUGGAGCACUGGGAGAAUGUUUUUCCGCGCCAUGUUGUCGAUGCGCUGUGGAUCGCCAAAAAGGAGCGCCUUUGGGCCGUCGACCACCCGGACGAGGUGAAGCAGCAGCAGCAGGCGGAAGAGGAGGAGUGGGCGCGCGAGGAAGAGGUAAUGCAAGACGAGGACGGCCUCAACGACUUUGGUCAGCCGUGCAUCGACUACCUGCAAGGACACUGCAGCUGGGGCAAUAGCUGUCGUCUGUACCACCCUCCCGGCGAGGAGGGCUCUCUGCCAGCGGAGUGCCGGAUGGGGGACUGGAAGUGCUCGGCAUGCGGCGUCAUCAAUCGGCACUUUCGCCGUCGGUGCUCCAACUGCGUGCGUGAGAAGCCGCAGUACAAGAAAGGGCGCGUGCCGUCAGCAGAGGAUAAGCUGCUCUGCACGCCAGACCCGGCAGUGACGGCAGCCUUUCAUCAGCAGUUCGGCUACAACCCGUACGUGCCAGCGGAGGCGGUAGCGCACUUCAAGUUGCGCCUAGAGAAUGUGUCGACGGAGGAGUACUGCAAGGAGCGCGCGGCAGCUUACCGCGUGCGCAUUCUCGGCAAGGCUCCCACUAACCCCGUCGAGGAGCGUUGCAAGGCGACGAAGCAUUUCCCCGACAUCGACAUGGAGCCAGACGAGGAGUACGAAGUGGGUGCGGACGGGCUCGUGGCGAAGCGGCAGCGCACCGAGAGCCUCGUGCCCGCGAGCGCCUCCCCAAAUAGCGCUAUCGCGCUUCUCGCGCAGCUCGUCAUGGAACGUGGCGUUUUGGACCCCACCGUUCCGCAAAUUUUCGGCGAGCUUUCCCGGUACAUCCGCCAGGCUGCUGGCGACCCAACGAUGGUGCUCAACGAGACUCAGGCGGAGGUGCUACUGUCUGCGUGCAAGCUGGGCUUCACCGCGUGGAAUGCGAACAAAGGAGUCGUUCCUUCCGUCCCCACCUUCUUCAAGGCAGUUCGGCAUAAUGAAAGUAAGCUGGGGCUCUCCACUGAGCAGGCGGAGCAGCUGGAGGCCAUGGCCAGCAUGUUCUUGGCGUGA